AUGAGCGGGCUGACGGCGAAAAUGUAUCCUGUGUUCAGCAGUCUAGCCAUCCAGGCAACUCAGAUAAUCGAGCCUGCUGACCGGUCUCCGGGCGGGCGAGUGGCUCAGACGAUGACUCUAUCGCAUCGCUACGGGUCGAUCGCGCCGCGGACGGCGCUGGGCAAGGCGCUGACGAUGGGCUACGCGGUGCUGGGCAUCCCGCUGAUGCUGGUCUACCUGUCGUCGGUGGGCGCGCUGCUGUCGCGAUGCGUGCGCGGCGCCCUGGCGCGGACCCUCUGCUGCUGCCUCUGCUCCAACUGCGGCUACUGCUGCUACGACGAGGCGCGCAUGCAGGAGAAGGAGCGCCGCAUGCGCAAGAAGCGCAUGCAGCAGAUGGAGCUCAUACAGCAGCAGCAGCAGCAGCAGCAACUGGAGCCGUUCUACGUGCGCUCGUCGUCGUCGGUGACGGCGUUCACCACGUCGGCCAGCAGCACGCACAACAACCUGCACUCGCCCGCUCGCGACGGCGACUUAGUCAAGGGCCCGCACCACGACUACGCCGCGGGACUCGACGCGGCGCUAGACGGGCCAACCGACGCGCGCAGCGGGUCGUCGUCGCCGGUGCAGCCGUCGCAGCGGGCGCACUGCGGCAGCAUCCUGGCGCCCGUGGCGCUCUGCCUGCUGCUGAUGGUGUGCUACAUCUGCGCCGGCGCCGCCGUGCUCAACCGCCUCGAGCACUGGUCCUUCCUGGACGGCUCCUACUUCUGCUUCAUGAGCCUCAGCACCAUCGGCUUCGGAGACCUCCUGCCCGGCGUCUCGCCGCCGCGGGCCGCCAACAUCACAGCCUACGGCGGACGCGACGCCAACGGCACCAUCUGGUUCUGCUCCAUCUACAUCCUGACGGGCAUGGCGCUGACGGCCAUGUGCUUCAACAUCCUGCACGACGAGAUCGUGCACCGGCUGCGGCACCACAUGGGGCAGAUAGCGCGGGAGGCGGCGGCGGCGGUGGUG